CUGAAAGAAGAAAGGAAAUCAUUAUUUUUUUUUCUUUAAUGUCUACAGAAGUAACUGACGCGACAAAGAAACUAUCUGUUUCCGAAACCAUCUACGUUGAUGAAGUCGAAGGAUGCGACACUAAUGGUCAAGGUACCCAGGACGCACCUUUCAAGUCCGUCUUGAAAGCAAUUGAAGCCAAGGGCGACAGCAUCAAGAUUCAAAUCAAAAAGGAUGCUGAAGGUUUUAAGGAAAUCUCAGGUGCUGCUUUCAAAAAGGCCAAAAAGACAUUUGCUGAACAACAAAAGAAGGCCAAGAAGCUCCUGGAACAACAAAAGAAACAAGAAGAGGAACUCAAGAAGAAAUUAGAAGAUGAAGCCAAGGCUUUAGAACAUGCUAAAUCUAUUGUUCUUACCGAAGAUGCCUCACUUCCCCCUGCUAAAAAAAUCAAAAUCCGUCAAUCUACUGAAUGUAGAGGCAAGCGUGUCAAGGUCUCUGGUUGGGUCCAUCGUCUUCGUGUUCAAGGUAAAGACAUGAUGUUUGUCGUUCUCCGUGAUGGUUCUGGUUAUCUGCAAUGUGUCUUGACCGGAAGAUUGUGCCAUUCUUUUGAUGCUAUUACACUUACGAUUGAAUCCACCAUCACUGUAUACGGUGUCAUCAACGAAUUGCCUGAAGGAAAGACAGCACCUGGCAACCACGAAUUGGUUGCUGAUUAUUGGGAAGUCGUCGGUAAGGCACCUGGUGGUGACGAUGCUUUCACGAACAAGGUCACUCCUGAUGCCGAUCCUUCUUAUCUCUUGGAUAACCGUCACCUUGUCAUUCGUGGUGAAACUGCUUCUGCUGUGCUCAGAGCAAGAGCUGAAGUGAUCAAAGCCUUCCGUGCCUUUUAUGAUAAAGAGCAUUUUACUGAAGUCACACCUCCUUGUAUGGUCCAAACUCAAGUAGAAGGUGGUGCAACUUUAUUCGCCUUCAACUAUUAUGGUCAAGAGGCUUAUCUCACUCAAUCAUCUCAAUUAUAUCUUGAAACUGCUCUUCCAUCACUUGGCGACGUCUUUUGUUUAGCUGAAUCCUAUCGUGCUGAAAAAUCACAUACCCGUCGACACUUAUCAGAGUACUCUCAUUUGGAAGCUGAAAUGGCUUUCAUCUCAUUUAACGACUUAUUGGACCAUCUUGAAGAAAUGAUGUGCUUCGUGAUCGACAAAGUCCUUGCCGAUAAAGAAACUGCGCAAUUGGUCAAGCAGCUCAACCCAGACUUCAAGAAGCCCGAACGCCCCUUCCUGCGCAUGAAAUAUGCUGACGCAAUUCAAUACUUGAAGGACAAUGACAUUAAGAAGGAAGACGGCACAUUUUAUGAAUUUGGCGAAGAUAUCCCCGAAGCCCCUGAACGUGCCAUGACAGACAAGAUCGGUCGUCCCAUCUUUUUGACACACUUCCCACAUGAAAUCAAGGCCUUCUACAUGCAAAAGGAUCCAUCAGAUAGACGUGUGACUGAAAGUGUGGAUGUAUUGAUGCCUGGUGUAGGUGAAAUUGUAGGUGGUAGUAUGAGAAUGUACGAUAGAGAAGAAUUAUUAGAAGCUUAUGCUAAAGAAGGCAUUGAUCCUUCUCCUUACUACUGGUACACUGACCAACGUAAGUAUGGUACAACACCUCAUGGUGGUUAUGGCCUUGGUGUCGAGCGUUUCCUUGCCUGGUUACUCAACCGCUAUACUGUACGUGAAUGCUCUCUUUACCCUCGUUUUACUGGAAGAUGUACUCCCUAAGUAUGUAGAUGACAUCAAUUAUAAUAAAGAGAAAUCUAAAGUGUUCUGUGUAAUUUUCGA